AUGGAACUUAAAAAGUUCGUCGUAAUUAUUGGAGGAGGAUGGAGUGGAAUUGGAGUUGCUGAGUCAUUAGCGUACAACAGUUUCGAUGAUUAUGUUUUACUAGAGCAAACAGAUUGUUUCGGAGGUUUCUGGAAAUAUAAUACGUACGAUUCUGUACGAAUGCACGAUCUCAGUAGAUUAUUUAAAACACCUCAUGAUCUUUCGGAAAAGUAUAAAGAUCAUUUUCUUUUACAGUCCGAAGUGCCAAUAUAUUUACAGCAGUAUGCAGAGUAUCAUGGAAUACCGAAUCAUACAAUACUUGGGUUUAAAGUAACACGAAUUUUUCAUAAAACAGAUGAAGAAUUUUGUUGGAAAGUAACUGGAAUCCAUUUAGCUGCAAAUGUUGAAACAACUUAUCAUAGGAAAAUUCUUAUUAUUGGUGGUGGUCAUUCCGCUUCAGAGAUAUCAACAGAAUUAGCAGAUGCUGGAUUUCAUGUUACUAUUGCAUAUCGUAGUGGGCAAUACUUCAUGAGACAACAGGAUUGGACACCUUACUUAUCAAAUCAAACAAUUGAAAAAUCACUUGAAUUUUGGAAAUAUUCGAUGGCAGAUGAAAAUUUCAAUGAGAUAUUGGACAGAUUUAAUGAGAAAUUUUCUGAAAAAAUAUAUCAUAUUAAUCAUGAAAUUAAUUGGGCCAUUCCUUCGUUAAAGCCUGCGUCUUUCAUUGUUUCACAUAAGAAAACAUUUAUUGAUGAUGAUCAUUUCUUUGAUUUAAUGCAACAAAAGUUGAUUGAAAUUAAGGGAAGCGUCAGAGAAAUUGUUGGAGAAUGUGUUAUAUUUGACCAAAAAUUAGAUGCUGAAGAAUUUGAUGGAAUUAUAUUAUGCACCGGACUUUCAUCUGUACUGGAACAAUUCUUAGAUGAUGCAAAUCAAUAUCUGAGUAAUCAUCGCUAUCUUCAUUUACCACCAGAAAAAUCACGGUUACCAAUAACAGAUGGUAGAUGCAAAUCAGCAACAAAAAAUAAUUUGUAUUUUCCAGGAUUUGAUUAUGGAAUUAAUCAGAGAGUUGAUUUUGCAUUAUAUUCAUGGUAUAUUGGCGAAAGAAUACUUGAUGACAUUAUGGGAAAUAAUUUCACUCCUGAACUAUCUCGUUCUAAAUUCAAAUUAGAGAAAGUAGAAGGCGCAGAUUUAUUGCAUUUGUGUUAA